UGCAGAAGGCCACAGUGCAGGUGUUGAGCGCUCAGCUCCAGGUGAACUGGUGGUUUUUAUGUUAACUGGUCAGAUUGGUUUCCAUAUUCUUCUCCGUUUGAGCUUCACGUGUGUCUGCAGCCAAUCAGACGCCUGCUCCUGUCGGACUCUCGGCUUUAUUGGACUCACCUUUCCAGGUGGAACCAGGUCUGGGAACGUCCCGGCUCCCUGCUCCUCCUGCUUCUCUGGUUGGUGCUCUGCUGGUUGGAGGGUGUAGCUCGUUUGGGGGCUUGGUGGUUGGAUGAUGUUGUUGGUCCUUUGUGUGUGCAGGUCUUUCUGAAGCAGUUUUCAUGUCUGUGGUUUUUCCGAAGACGCUUCGGAAAAACAGUGCUUCCAGAUCAGGAUUAAUCAGGACUACAUCUGGAUCUGGACUUCUUCUACCUGGAUUUGGGCCUUUCUGUGCUCUGAUUGGCUCUGCUGAGAAGCUGCUUGUGAUUGGAACACCUGAAUUCGAGGACGUCUGAGGGGGUGCACCCCCGCCUCCUGACUUCCUGUUUGCUUUGCUGCUGUCACUUGAGCAUCCAGAGGCUUCACCUGUUCGUCGCAGCAGAUUUUCACUCUGUAAAAAUCUGACAUCCGCCAUGACCUGCUGACAUCACCGUCCCACCGCCCCCUCCUCCUUCCAUUUCUUUCCUCGCAAUGGCCCUGACCUGUUGGCUGUCGCCAUGGCGACCCCCAACCCUGCUGCUGCUGCUGCUCACUUCCUGGUUGCCGGCUGAGUCGGCUUCAACCACGCCCUUCCCCAAAGACCUGGAGCCGAUCAGCGUGGUCAACUCAGAGCAGUCGUUUCAGUACCCGGGGUUUCAGGGUUUGCUUCAGGACAACGACACGCUGAGGCUGGGCCUGGACUUCCAGAGGAUGCUACGGAUCAACCACGUGCUGUACAUCGCAGCGAGGGAUCAUGUGUUCGCAGUCAACCUGACGACGGCUUCAGGGGAGUUCGUCCCACAGCUGAAGCUGACGUGGAAGUCCAACGACGUCAGCAAGUGCACGGUCAGAGGGAAGAACAGCGACGAGUGCUACAACUACGUGAAGGUGUUGGUGCCUCGAAACGACGAGACUCUGUUUGCCUGCGGGACCAACGCCUUCAACCCGACCUGCCGAAACUACAAGAUGACCUCGCUGGAGCAGGUCGGGGAGGAGGUGGUGGGUCAGGCUCGCUGUCCCUUCGAGUCCGGUCAGUCCAACGUGGGACUGUUCGCUGGUGGAGACUUCUACUCGGCCACCAUGACGGACUUCCUGGCCAGCGACGCCGUCAUCUACAGGAGCCUGGGCGAGGGCCGCCCCGUCCUCAGGACCGUCAAAUACGACUCCAAGUGGCUGCGAGAGCCGCACUUCCUGCACGCCAUCGACUACGGGAACUAUGUCUACUUCUUCCUGAGCGAGAUUGCAGUGGAGUACACCACGCUGGGCAAGGUGGUGUUCUCUCGGGUGGCCCGGGUCUGUAAGAACGAUAACGGGGGAUCUCCCAGAGUCCUGGAGCGAUACUGGACGUCCUUCCUGAAGGCUCGGCUCAACUGCUCGGUGCCCGGAGACUCCUUCUUCUACUUCGACGUGCUCCAGUCGCUCACCAACGUGCUGCAGAUCAACCAGAGACCCGCCGUGGUCGGAGUCUUCACCACUCAGGCCAACAGCAUCCCCGGCUCGGCCGUCUGUGCCUUCUACAUGGACGACAUCGAGAAGGUGUUCAACGGGAAGUUCAAAGAGCAGAGGACCAGCGACUCCUCCUGGACUCCCGUACCCGACGAGCAAGUCCCCAGACCGAGGCCCGGUACGUGUGCAGGCGACGGCUCGGCUUCAGAAUACAAAUCGUCUGUUCAGUUCCCGGAUGACACGCUGACCUUCAUCAAGUCGUAUCCUCUGAUGGACGAAGCUGUUCCCUCCGUCAACGACCGGCCCUGCUUCACCAGGACGUCCAGCAGGUCCAAGUUGACCCAGAUUGUGGUGGAUGUCUCUGCUGGGCCUUUCAAGGACCGGACGGUGAUGUUCCUGGGCUCAGACGAUGGGCGGGUCUUGAAGGUUUUGGCCAGCACCCAUCCAAAUGACAGCUUUGGAUCCAAACUGCUGGAGGACAUCGACGUCUACAACCCUUUCAAGUGCAACGUUCAGGGUCAGGAGGACAGGAGGGUUCUGGGCCUGGAGCUCGAUAAGGACCAUCACGCCUUGUUUGUGGCGUUCAGCAGCUGUGUGAUCAGAGUGCCGCUCAGCCGCUGCGCCCAACAUGGAGCCUGCAAAAAAGCCUGCUUGGCCUCUCGUGACCCAUACUGUAUCUGGCUUCGGACCGGGAGCUGCGCCAACGUUGCGCCGGGUUUCAAGGCGGGGUUUGAGCAGGAUAUCGAGGGCGACCACUCGUUUCAUCCGGACAGCUGCCGCGCUGACGUGUUGGCCACGACACGGAACCAGGAGUCUGCCGCCGACUCCGCCUACGGCGUGCGGCGCCCUCCGGACAUGGACCAGCGUGCCGGCGCUAACGUGCACUACACGCUGCUGAUCGCCUGCGUGCUGGUGGCCUUCUUCCUGGGUGCCAUCUUGUCGGGUUUCCUGGUGUCGUGCUACUGCGGCCGCAGCGCCGCCCACCGGGCCCAGAGGCUGGGGAAGGACCCGGAGGCGUCGCUGCCUCACGCCCUGUCGCUGCGAUCCCUUGCCAAGCUCAACGGGCUGCUGGACGGACAGCCCAAGGAGGACAAACUGGACGUGUCCACCCCGAAGAUGUACAGCUCCUUCAUCCCCAACGGCCGGGCCGAGCAUCACCUCCACAGCCCCGUGCACCAGGGCCUCCCGCUGGGCGACCCCGAGCUCAGCCUGUCCCAGUCUCUGUCACAGGGGGAUGGCGAGCUCUCCGGCCUGCCCACGCCCGACUCCACCCCGGAGCUUCCCAUCAAGAACAUGAAGGCCCUGCGACACCAUCAGUACGAGAAGAACCAGAACUACAACAACACCAGAGACAAGCCCAGCUGCUCCGCCUCCAGUCUGGGAUUCAUGGCCGUCGUCGGGAACUCCUUAAACCAGCAGGUGUUUCCCUUCCCUCAUCACCAUGGCAACAGUUUAAGCAAUGGGACGCCCCACGGGGCCGGCGCCUCUUCGACCUCUCUGCACCUCCCAGAGGAGAGAAAGAUCUCCAAUGAUGAGCGGGCGGCGGCGGCGGUGGGAGGGGGAGGAGUCCCGCAUCACCACCACUCCCAGCAGUCCCUCCCCCAGACGGUGGUGGACGUGUCGGCGCUGGACGAGCUGCUCAAACACAUCCACGAGGUCAGCGCGUCAGGAACCGGCGGCAUCAAGGUCCUUACCUCCACCUCCUCCUCCUCGCUGUUCCCCGGGUCGUCCGGCUCCACCGCAGGGCACCAUCACAGCCACCAUCACCACCACGCACAGACGCGCACACACCACUACAACCACGGCCAUCACCAUAGCAACCACCACAACAACAACAGCGGUCACCAGCAACAGAACGAGACCGCAUCCUACCACAGCACCUCCGCGCUGCCGAGCGACGGCCUCCCCAAACGCAUCAACCCUCCUCCUCAGAACACCACCUCCUCCUCAUCUUCAUCCUCCUCAUCCUCCCACAACCCCACCUCCUCCACCUCCAUCCCCUCAUCCUCCUCCUCCUCUUCCUCCACUCCGCUCCAGCAGCAAGUGAUUCCAGAACGACCUGGAGGAGGCGGCGGCGUCUCCGUGACACGCCACCACUCUCAGCGUCACUCCCUCAUCAGGAUGGGCAGCGGAAGUGGCGCCGUGCCCCGCCACCACAGCUUCAACCAGCGAGGGCCGCAGCAUGCUCACUUCCUCGCCAGGAUGAACACUAACAACAGCAGCAACAACAGCGGUGGCCCCGCCCCCGCCGACAGCAAGCAGCCGUCGGUGGCCAGCGCCUGCCUCACACGGCAACACAGCUACAGCGAGGGGCCGCACGCCCAGCGGGCCGCCGUCGUCCGGAGAACGGCGUCGCUCAAACCCCAGAUCCCUCCUAAACCGCUCUUCCUGCCAAACACAGCCACGUCGCCGGGCACAGAGGCGGGAAAGUACAACUACUGAGGCCGCCGGGCACCGCGCCGACAUGGCCGCUGCUGUCCACAGACGCCUGCCGGGCUCGUGAGAGAGGAUGAGAGGAGAGCGCCGAUGGGCUGGAGACACAAAAGAGACCGAGAGCUUUUUGUCCCCAUCGCUCCUCGUUACCACCCCUCAGCCGUGCUUGCUGCCCCGCCGCUGAGAGGACGCCGUCCGUCGCCACUCGAGCAUCUCUGGCUCAUUGAAAGGGGCGGGGCUCGAAACCAGCACGAACUACUAAACAUUCCAAAGGCGGCUCGAGGUGGCCGUAGAAUUCCAGAUUAAUGCAGUUUUCUUCGGAGCACUUUGAUCCGACAUCCUGUCGUCGGGCCCGGAUUUCAUUCGCCAGAAUCGUCAGCAAACCGAACCCAGUGGAAAAAAUUCCUCGGCCUGUCUGUUAAUCCGGGCCGGAAAACUGAACCCCGCAGCAGGGGUGGCUCCCGUCCCCGUGGGGGGCGCAGACUUGUGUUUUCAGCAGCACUCUGAGGACAGACCACCUCGGUCUUUUAUACCAUAUUGGUAUCUGCAGGUCGCCCAGCAGGUGUGAUAACCAUUUCCACAUCACUACAACGACCCUCUUGCAUUAACGCCGGGACGCCUGCUGAGCGUCACACCCAGACCCCCGCGGGUCGUUUCAGGCCCCCCUGAAGGGGGCGUGUUUUCUCUUCACCAGCUGAGCGCACACUGUGGAAACUUUAACAAAGUUUGCUCUUAAAUUGGUGUUUCACCCAAAUUACUGCCACACCCAUGCUCCCACUGACCUCCCAGGGUGUCCGGCGCCCACGAGGGCGGAGCAGAGGCAGACUCGUCACCUCAGCUAUGCUCUGUGAGCCUCUAAGCUAAUGCUAACUCGCUCCGCCCGAGGCUGGUGAUGCGUUCAGGUACCUGUUAAACCUUUGAAAUGUGAAAAUGUGUGCAGGCGUGAAACAGCCCAGAGUCUGGGUGGAGGGGCGUGGCCUGUUGUCUGCCGUGGCAGAGACAUUUCAGUCUGACUUCAGUCUCACUCUGCACCUUCAUUAAAAACUACAUUUCCCAGCAGGCAGUGGGAACGUGAGGAUUCUGUUGGUGGUAAUUUGGGUGAAGGUUUGCUUUGCUUCGGUCUGUGGGAGGGUUUCCUCCCAGCUGAAGAACAGUGGAUCAGCUGUUCCUGCUUUUCCUUUACCUCGGUGUUUGUUAGCGGCUCUGUCGGGUUCAGUUUCUGCCCCGGGGCUUAGACAACAUGUUGAGCCAACACAGGUGAGAUCGCAGAGCGGUCCCUGCAGACCAGCGGGUGACGUGACGCCGGCUCUCCGUGUUGCCUCAGCGUGUGCCGUCUGAUAGAAACGUCUGGAAAAUGAAUGCACUGCUUUCAGGUCUGUUAGCAUCAUUGUCCUCAGACGGAUUCAGUUUCUGACUUGGGCGCUGAACACCUGAACACCUGCUUCAUGUCACAAACCCUAAAGCUGCAGCUCUUCUAACUACACUGAGGCACAAACACUCGGAGCGCCACCAGUGAGCCGCACGGGCAGCGCCGCUAAACGAAGCAAUAAAUGUAAAAGAGAUGAUUCAGGACCUCUGCACCUGCUCGUUCAGACCAUAAAACAUGAAGAGUUUCAGAUACAAACACCAGUAAUCUCGUCACAUGUCCGAAAACAGCUGGCAUCAACUUUCAGAUCCAGUCAUUCGAGCUUUGGCGCUGCUACUACUUAUUACGUUUAUCUCAUUUAUGCCCAAACAGUUUGAGGGCUUCUGGCUGUUUAGGGACAGUGCUGGGGUACAUCAGGCAGUCGUACUAACCAGCACAAGUUUGAGACGUAGGUUUGAAUCCAGAACACGCCGCUGUGACGCGUAGCCGUGAGUGAACUGACUGUUGCGUCCUGCAGCCGUGACUUGUCACCGUGGUCCACGGCGGAGGACGAGCUCUGCACCAACAUGAUGCAACACGCAGCCGAGAGCGAGCUGCGGUGCGUGAUGCGUUUGUUGAGGUUAAAUAAAAGAGGCCAAAGCAGUGGCGCGAUGGUUGCUGCUCACUGUACAGGGAUUCAUGCCACAGCGUUUGAGGCGCUUACAUCAUCCUCUUUCAUCUCGCCUGAUUCAAACAGUUUGAAAUACUGUAGUUACCACAGAUUACAGCUGCUGUGGUCACUGAAGGAGGCUGCCGCAGGACUCGGAGGCUAAAUUUACUGCCAAUCCCAUCCUCUGCUCUCAGCAGGGGAUUCUGCAGAAAAAGAAACGGCAUUUAAAAACGAGCCGAACAGGAAGGUUCGGGUGCCUCUGUGAACACCGACCCGUUAGACACACGAGCGGGAAUAGAAGAAUGACACCGAGCGUUUCUCCAGGCAGUGCUUUGGAGAGCCGAUGGAUAUCUGAGCGGUGUCAGUCAGCCGUGACAGCUAACGUACACGUCAGGAAAAGGAUGACGAAAAAGCUUCAGUCAAACACUCAGACUGUCCUUAAACACAUCAACAUGGAGAGUUUUCAGGUCUGGAUUGUUAAAAAUAAUAAAAAAUAGAAUAGAACUGGCCUUUCUCGUGGCUCUGUGCCGACGGAGCAAACCUGUCGAUACUCAUUAUUAUUAUUAUUAUUAUUAUCAUCAUUAUUAUUAUUAUCAUCAUCAUCAUCAUCAUCAUCAUUAUUAUUAUUAUUAUUAUUAUUAUUAUUAUUAUUAUUAUUAUUAAACAAUAAGCCAAAUUGAAUUCAUUGAGAUGCCAAAUUUUGUCUGUUUCGCUCUCUGUCAGCUGAAUAUCUUAAACAGAGCGACGGCUGUUCUGACUUUCGCAUUCGUCCAAUCGGUGGAAAGGGUAAAAAACUGAUUAAUGGAAAACAAGGAGGGCUGCGUAAAAACACCAAAGUGUCACAUCGAGCUUUUUGUAUUUGAAUUUUCCUUCAAAUGAAAAUGCUGCUUUAAUGUGAGUAAUGAGUUCUGGUUCUUGUUCAGUUGGUAACAAAUCCGUGGCUCGAGUCCUGCUAACGUGCCGUAGAUAAUUGGCUGAACGCUCCUUUAGACCUGCGGCGAGCCGCUCCAACCUUCACACAGCACAAACACCACCUCAGAGUCUGUGAGCAGUGUUGAACUUUCCAAAAUCACGUGUCAAUCUUCAAAGGUCCUUUAUGAAUGUUUCCACUGGGUGCUGCUAGGGGGCGCUGCAGAGCAUAAAGACUUUGGCGUAUUUUAUAAAGGUUUUGUAUGAGAUGCACUUGUAACCUUGAAAAUGAUUUUGUUUAUUCGUUUCGUGGUUCUCGUCCUCUGAAGUGCUGAGAGGAGCAGAGACGCUGUGGACUCACAGCGCCACCCGGUGGGCCACGCUGCAAUGACAAUGUAAUAAUGUCACACACUAUUAUGUUUACCUUACUGCUAUUAAUUAACAAUGUGGAUGACGGUGUAAAUAAAGGCUACUGUG